AUGAAUGCCAUCAGGGGUCAAAAUUCAGCGAGCGAAGGCAACACAGAGCCGAAUGAAUGGCAAAAACCACUCGACUAUUACUGCCGCGACGACACUGAAGAUGUCCUAGUUAUUUCGUUCCUAUACCAGUUCGGCAGUAACCCUCCAGCUAUAGACCUGUCGGAUUCGAGUGACGCCUGCUUGGGAAAAUUCCCUGGAACCGAAUUAUUGGAUUGUCCUCAAAUGGAACCAGCUAUCAAGGCUUGUCAAUCCAAGGAUAAAAUUGUCCUGCUUUCUCUUGGCGGUGCAACUGGAACGUACGGUCUUUCGUCUGAAUCAGAAGGUCACGAGCUAGCCGAUACCCUAUGGAACACCUUUGGCGGCGGCAAUGGAGAUGUUAGACCCUUUGGAAAUGCUUCGGUGGAUGGAUUCGAUUUGGAUAUUGAAGCCGGAGACAUCGCUGGUUACACUGCAUUUGUAGAACGCAUGCGCGAGCACUAUGACUCUGACACUUCCAAGAAGUAUUACAUAUCUUCUGCGCCACAAUGCCCUUAUCCUGACCACUAUAUGUCUGAUGCUCUCAACAGCGCCUGGUUUGAUUUCGUCUGGGUCCAGUUCUAUAACAAUGAAUGUGGUGUUACAACCGACAAAUUCAACUACGAUCGAUGGGACGAAUGGGCACGCAAGGAGGCAAUCAACAAAGACGUGAAGCUUUUCAUCGGUGUGCCUGCUGCCAGCUAUGCUGCUGGACGAGGAUACGUUCCAUACCAAGACUUGACAGAAGCCAUUACCCAAGUUCGCUCCAAAUAUGAUUCAUUUGGCGGUGUCAUGAUGUGGGACGCUUCUGCUGCGUACGCCAAUGAUGACGUGAGCCCUAGCUACGGUCAAGCGGUUGCCAAGUUCCUCCAUGGCAACAACAGUAACUCUACUACUGGUGGAGGAAACUCCACCUUGAGUUUUUUUCCAUCAUCGUCUCUGCCUAGCACUGAUCUAUCCCCUACUCCUUCUUCUUCUCCCUUAACCAAUGGAUCGGCCACAACGACGACAACGGCCACUGAGUCAUCUGUGUCUCUGCCUCCGUCAGCCGGAUCAACAUCAACUAGGUAUAUUAACUACGUCAAUAUAACUAACUUACAACAACUUAGAUUAAUCCGAUGUCGCUUUUUUUAUUUUUCGUAACAAUAACACCAAAACAGUGAACCGUCCCCUACCAUUAGUGAAGGUGCAGCAUGCUCGGACUCGGAUCAUACUCGCUGCGCCGGCGAACAGUACGCUCAAUGUGUCAAUAGCCAAUGGAUGUACCGCGAUUGUCCUCCUGGUUUAGUCUGUAGAUCGAGCGACACUGCCUCUGGUGUUAUAUACUGUGACCUCCCUCAAGAGCAAGAGUUAUAACAAAGGCACAGCACAAGCUGAAUGGUAGUGGCGCGCACUGCGUCAACUCUCUCCAUAUUAAUAUCUUCCCUCUGCUACCUAC